AGAUAAUAAUUUAAUAGUCUAAUAUAUAUUUGCAACUUAAUAUUAGUGCGGCUCAUUUACUGAACUAAUCACAUGAUUCAUCAUGUGAUUGUUUUUUUUAAAAUUUUUUUGGAGUCUUCUGCGAGUUUGAAAAUUUUUUUAAGUUUCAACAAAACUCAAGAUCUUGAUCUGAUACAUUCAAUUAUAUAUUUCAUAUAGUAUCUAGUGGAUCAUUACAUUGCUAUAAAACUAAAGAUGGCUCCACCUCAUAAACAUAACAACUUCCGUCCGGAAAAUGUGUUAAAGCGUGCUGAGGAUUUGAUUGCCGUUGGCCAAAGAGAAGCUGCUUUAGAUACUUUAUAUGAUUUAAUUACUUCUAAAAGAAUUCGUUAUUUACAAGUUGAAGACUUAGAACCUAUUGCUUUAUUACUUAUUGAAUUAGCAGUUGAUUUAAGAAAGGGUAAAUUAGCAAAGGAUGCUUUACAUCAGUAUAAGAAAAAUAUCCAAUUAUCUGAAAAUGGGUUAGAAUCAGUUCAAGUUAUUGUUCGUAAAUUCAUUGAAUUAGCUGAAAAGAAAUUAGAUGAAGCUCAAGCUAAAGCUGAUAUUAGAAUCGAUCAAGAAGAAGAUGAAGAUUUAGAAGCUGCCCAAACUCCAGAAAGUAUUUUAUUAUCAGCUGUUUCUAAUACUGAUGCUGCCGAUAGAACUGAAAGAGAGUUAGUUACUCCAUGGUUAAGAUUCUUAUGGGAAGCAUUUAGAGCUGUCUUGGAUAUCUUAAGAAAUAAUUCUAAAUUAGAAGUUACUUAUUCUGCUAUUGUUAAUCAAGCUUUUAAAUUCUGUUUAAAUUUUAAUAGAAAAGCUGAAUUUAGAAGAUUAUGUGAAUUAUUAAGAGCUCAUAUUCAAUCAGUUACUACUCAAACCAAAACUGCUAAUAAUAAUGCUAUUGAUUUAUCUGAUUUUGAAACUGUUCAACGUUAUUUAGAACAAAGAUUUUCUCAAUUAAAUAUUUCUGUUAAAUUAGAAUUAUGGCAAGAAUCUUUCCGUUCAGUUGAUGAUGUUCAUACUUUAAUUACUGCCUCCAAGAAAGCUCCAAAAGCUACAAUGAUGGCUAAUUAUUAUGAAAAUUUAGCUAGAAUCUUUGCUGUUUCUGAUAAUUCUUUAUUCCAUGCUGCUGCUUGGAAUAAAUUUUUUAAUUUAUAUUCUCAAUCACCAAAUGCUUCUGAUGCUGAAUUAACUCAUUUUGCUUCUAUUUUUGUGUUAUCAACUUUAGCUAUUCCUCAAAAAGCUUUAAAUACCAAUGAAACUGUCGUUGAUGAACAUAGAACCAAGAAUUCUAAAUUAACUUCAUUAUUAAACCUGACUCAAAUCCCAACUAAAGAUGGUUUAAUUAAAUCUAUCAUUAGUAAAUCUAUUUUAUCUUAUGUUGAUGAACCAAUCAAACAAUUAUUCCAACUUUUAGAAGGAGGUGAUUUCCAUCCAUUAGCUAUUAAAGAUGAUAUUGUUGAAGUUUUCAAAUUCAUUGAAGCUGAUAAAGAUUAUAAACCUUAUAUUUCAACUUUAACUGAAGUUAUUUUAAUUAGAGUUUAUCAACAAGUUUCUCAAGUUUAUGAAACUGUUAAAUUAGAUUUCUUAAUUUCUUUAGGUAUUUUUGAAGGGGUUGAAAAUAGUUUAUCACCAUUAGAAGUUGAAGAUUUAAUUGUUAAUGCUACUAAGGAUGGACAUUUGAAUUUAACUAUUGAUCACGAAGCUGAUGUUGUUUCAUUCAAAUCCAAUCCAUUUGAGGAAUCUUUUGAUGAUUACACCAUUGAUAAAUUACAAAUCUCUCCAGCUGAUUUCAUUAGAACUCAAAUUUCAAAAUUAGCUGCUACUUUAUCAUCAUCAGUUAAAAUCAUUGAUCCAAACUAUGAAUCUAAUAUCGAAAAGAGAAAACAUGUUGCUUUACAAAGAGCUGUUAGUGAUUUAGUUAGAGAACAACAAGAAUUAGCUGCUAGACUGGAAGUUAUUGAAGAAAGAAAGAGAAUCACUGAACAAAUCAAACGUGAAGAAGAAGAAAAAGCUGCCAAAUUAAGAAAAGAAAAAUUAAUUGCUGAUCAAGAUGCUGAAAGACAAAGAUUAGCUGAUGAAUUAGAAAGAAAACAAGCUGAAAGACUUGCUAAAGAAAAAGAAAUCAUUUUACAAAAUGAAAAGAGAAAGAUUGCUGAAGAAAUUAAUGCUAAGGGUAUUAUUAAAGUUGAUUUAGAUGAUUUAGCUAAUCUUGAUACUCAAAAAUUACAAUUGAUGCAAAUUGAACAAUUAAAUAAAGAUAAGAAAGAAUUAGAUGAUAAAUUAAAAGCAGUUUCUAAAAAGAAUGAUUACUUAGAAAGAGCAUAUAGAAGAUAUGAAUUACAAUAUUUAGAAAAAGAUGCUAUUACUCAAGCUGAGCAAGAAAAGAAAAAUUAUGAAGAAAUUAAACAAGCUAAAAUUGCCAGAGCUAGAAAAGAAUUUGAAGAAUCAGUUAAAUUACAUGAAAGACUUCAAAGAAUUGUUCCUGAUUAUACUGUUAUUAAAUCUGAGAUUGAUGCUAAGAAUGCCAUUAAAUUAGCUAAAUUAAGAAAAGAAGCUGCUAUUAAAUUAGAUCAAGCUAAGAAAGAACGUAUUGAAAGAAUCAAACAUCAAAGAAUUGAAGAAUUAAGAGUUAGAAAGGAAAGAGAAAGAAAAGCUGAAGAAGAAGAACAAAAGAGAGCUUCUAGAGAAGCUGAAUUGGCUAAAUUCAAAGAAGAAUUAGCUAGACAAAGAGAAAAGGAAGCUGAAAUUGAAGCUAAGAGAGAAGCUGCUGCUGCUGCUGCCGCUGCUGAAGUUGCUGCUGAAGCCGCUGCCGCUGCUGCUCCUGCUAAACCUUUAACUUUCGCUGAAAAGAUGAGAUUAAAGAGACAAGGUAAGGCUUAAGUGUUUAUAACUUGAUCAUUUUAUAGUCUUUUACAUUAGUACUUUAGAAAUAAACAUCUAUUACUUUAAAG